ACUUCUCUGGUUCCCCCGGUCGUACUUCUGUUCACCCUCUCAGUUUUUGGGAAACGACUCAUCUGUUGAAAUCCAGCGUUUUUUAACGGGAACUGUCAACGAACGGACACCGACCCACCGAAUCAACUAUCGCGAGGACCAAGGGCAGUGCGAGAAGAACGGGUCCAGGCAAAAGGCAUAGCAAUAUUCAUAUUUAGCAACAACAACAACAAUCUUUACGGAGAAUGAUUAUUCCGUUAUGUAGACUGAAAGAAUGAUGAAAUGUGUGCCAUGUUUUAUCACAAAGACACGGAUGAAACCAGUGGACUGUGAUGUACAGGAUGUGGUCACGCUUCUCUGGAUGUAUGACAGACGGUGAAGAAGGGGCAGACUUCGUAAAUCCCACACAUCUAACCACCUCUACUCAUCCAUCUACUGGCUGUCUGAAUCCAGUAUUUUCUUAUUGAAAAGAUAAAGUAUUUAAAUUCACAAAAUAAUGUAGCAAAAGCUUAGCCUUGGAGAUAUUUGACCUCUUUUAACCCCAUCUUCCAUGGGUCCGGUGCAUUUUAUGUCUUCAUUUUGGAUGGGGCUGUGCACAACACUUCAAUUCACACUCAUUUGUAAAUUAUUAGACCAAUGUGCCGUGUUUGCCCCCAGUCAGUUAUCCCAGCUGUGCAAUCACUUCAGCUCUCUGUUGUAUGUUUGAAGUGAUUUGAUAGACCAUCAAGUCAAUCAGAAUGAACGGCUCUCUAUUAACCCCGCCCAGCCCGCGGGCGGCAAACUCCUCCCCUUUACCUCCCUCACCCUCCCCAUCUCCAUCCCCUCCAUCUCCCUCUUUGCUGCCCCUUUCCCCUCGGCCACCCCCUCUACCCCCUUUGGUGAGCCCUCCACCCCAGGCUCACCCGUCUUCCCUGUCAGACACCCCCACACCGUCCCCCUCGCCUUGCCUGAGCUGGACCGAAUUCUGUGAGCUCCAUGCCCGCGUUGCAGCCGGUGACUUUGCACGCCACUUUCGAGCUUUUCUCCUGGAAAACCCCCACUACUCCCCAGAUUCAGCGGCCGCCUUCUGCCGGCGCUUCACCGACCGCUUUGUUCGUCACUUUCAAAGUGAGCUGGAGGGGGCGCUCCCGCAGAGCUGUGCUUCUGGGAGGGAUGACAUGGCGAGCUGGGCUCCCCAGUCAGAUGCUACUUCCCUGGAAGAGGAAGCAGUGUCUCCCCUGUCAACGUCUGGGGGAGCUGUCCUCCCAUGUCCACCAACUAACACGACACGGGCCUUAUCCAAGCCUGCACCGGCACGGCUGGUGUUGGAAAACCGCAGUGGGGACAGGUUUCAAGAUUCUUAUGCCCACAGCCAAGUCCUGCCUCCAUCUUCAUCAUCGUCAUGUUGCUCCUCAGUCGGAGGGAACAACGGGAGGCGUGAGGAGAGGGGGGCUAUGAUUGCCCCUGGGAAUGGGGAAGCACCGGUUGAGGAAGAGGAGGACAGCUGGUUAGGGGUAGCAUCUGUGGGGGAAGACGUUGAGCCAGAAGAGCAGGAAGCAGAGUCUGCAGAGGUGGACAGUGCUGACCCCUCCUACACUCCUCAGAUUCCACCUUCCUCUUCCUCGGUCACUCCUCCACCUGACUCCAAAGGUAACAGUACGCCCAACUCCUCCAAAAACAAACUGAAGAAGCGCUUUUCUCUGCGGAGUGUGGGUCGUAGUGUACGGGGGAGUGUCCGAGGCAUCCUGCACUGGCGAAGCUCCUCCAGUGACUCAGCCCAGAGCCAGAUGCCCUCUAGUUACAGCUAUACUAUGGGUGUGCAGGACGCCACCUUGGUUUCAACCUCAAAGAGGAACUCUGGUACACAGCCUCCUACACCCACCUCCUCCAUGCCUGUAUCCCUGUCCAUGCCUCUCUCCCUUCCCCACUCCUCCUCCUCCUCGCUGCCCCCCUCAUCUUCAAGCAGCGCCACCUCUCUGUCUCUUUCGGAGGCUGCCCGAGAUAGGCGGCGGAGCAAUGGCGAAGGAGGUGAGAAGGAGAAAUGGAGCCAUCGUCUGGAGAAACUCAGACUGUCACGAUCACCUCCUCCUGUCCUCACCCCGACCACUGCAGGCCCUCACUCCGCCUCCUCCACGCUGCCUCCGAGCAGUGCUGCUGCUGCCAACAUGGGACCUCCAAGGAAGGUGGGCCGGUUGGUGCGUGAGGGUGGGGUGACCGUUAGCUCAUCCAGCGAUGAGUUGAGCGGAAGCCUUGGCUUCUCUGGCUUCUCGUUCGGUCUACUGCAUCACAGUACGGACAACAACAAUGCUGCCUCAGCUUCAUCUGCUGCAGCUCAAGCAGGUCCAGUGCAGCCUCUGGCCAGCGGAGGGAAUGUGCCCUGGAGAGGAGGACGCUGGCAUAAGUGUCGGCUGGUCCUCAGAGAAAGGGACAGAGAAGGUGGUGAGCGGGGAGAGGAGUACUACUUGGAAUUCUUCAUUCCACCUAAAUCAUCGAAGCCCCGGCUGACUGUCCCUUGCUGCUCAAUCGUGGAUGUGAGGAGCACCACAGCGCUAGAGGUGCCUGAUAAGGAGAACACCUUUCUGCUGCAGCUGGAAGGGUCGGCACAGUACGUGAUCGAGACACGUGAUGCUGUACAGAUGAGAGCCUGGCUGAGUGACAUCAGGAACGGCAUCUGUCUCAGUGAACAGGAGGAUGCUGAAGGUGUGUGUGUGGGGCCAUUGGACAUCAGUGGGACGCCUGAGAUUGUUGACCGUCUUUCACAAGUGUGUUAUGGAGGUAUUGGAGGCUCCUCACCUCUGAUGGAUCCUCUUCCACCCGAGCUACCACCUCGAGCCCCUCUCGACGAACCAGACAGUCGGAUUCUUGGUGGAGGUGGAGCUAGUCUGGGCACACCUUUUGCCGAGACGCCAGACGCCACAGGGUCCUUCCUGUUCUCGGAGGUGACCACUGCAGAGGCAGUAGAGCACCCACUCAGUGAGUGUCAGUGGUUCCACGGCACCCUGUCCCGUCUCAAAGCUGCUCAGCUGGUGUUGGCCGGAGGCCCGGCGAGCCACGGUGUCUUCCUGGUUCGCCAGAGCGAGACAAGGCGUGGAGAAUAUGUCCUCACCUUUAACUUUCAGGGCAAGGCCAAGCACCUUCGUCUGUCCCUGAAUGAGGACGGUCAGUGCAGAGUGCAGCACCUUUGGUUCCAGUCCAUCUUUGAUAUGUUGGAGCACUUCCGGGUGCACCCGAUCCCCCUGGAGUCCGGCGGCGCAUCAGACGUCACACUCAUCAGCUUUGUGGGUGCCACCGCUGUUCGACAGCCAGACUUGACCAGCAGACCCCGUAGCCCACCUCAGCCUCCUCCACUGCCGCCAGGCCGGCCGCCGCCCCCAACUCCUCCCCAGGAGAGAGGAAACGAGAUGGAGGCAGGAGGAGUAGGUGGAGGAGGUGGAGGAGGAGGCGCGCCAGUGGUGACGAUGGCGACGACAGGAGGAGGAGCUGGAGGAGGAGGAAGCGGAGGCAGCGGGGGUGGUAGCGGAGGAGGAGUGGAGGACUGGGAGGAGAGGGACAGGGACACUCCCCUCCGCCAACUAGAAGCUGUGGAGGGAGAAGAGAGGGACGGAGCGAGGGCGCCCCGUGCCAUCGACAACCAAUACUCCUUCUUCUGAUGAAGGGAAGACCAGGAGGGGGAGGAGGAGUGUGUAUGUGUGUUUAUGUUUGAGUGUGUGUGUGUGUGUGAGCAAAUGUGAGAUUGGAUGAGGCGGCGUACAUCAUAGCCAUUCAUAACCAGUAUUUUUCUUUUGUUAGCAAGGUGGAGAAGAGGAGGAGGAGGAGGUGUAAAAGUACUAACACUAUACGAGAGAGAGAGAAGACUAAGCAGAUGGAGAGACGGGUGAGAGCAGCUUUACAACACUAACUAUAGCGGUACAUUUAUUUUAUUUUUUUAGUCAGAUAAGCUUUGUUUUUGCCGGUACGACUCACAGCAGCAGGCUCUUUCUCGUACGUGAACAGCAUUGAGAGCUCGAGCGCUGUGAAGCCAGCAGUCCUGAUACCUCACAGUGGUCCUGCCAAGACAGCACACGCUAGCCAGAGGCCAAACAUACUCUACAGACACCUGUACUGUGGCAGGUAGACCCAAAACUUUUACUCUUACUGCUACAGAGUCCACGUCUCAGCAACCUCUAUUUAAAAGAUUAUAUUGUUUCAAAGGUUCUACAUGUAGCUUAUUAACAUCAAUACAUGGUUAUGCUCGUUUGAUUGGAAGAACUACAAGGCCAAACAGAAAUGUGAAUUUUGAAUAAACACAAUGUAUGGUUGAAUGUAAAAUAAUAAUAAGAACACUAAUGUCGAUUUAGGUCUUAGACUGUACAUAAAGAUGGAUUACGUGUCUCCACUUAACUCCACUGUACAAACAUAAAGCCAGAAUAUUCUGCCAUCUUGCGCUGAUGAUGUCAUUUGGAGCCAGAGUCUGCGCAGUAGCGAUCUCCGCCGUGUCGUGUUACCACCCAAACACCUGUCCGACCAAUUGUGGAUCAAAUUGAUUGAUUGAACACCAAUUGGCGCACACAGCUGUCAAUUGUGAUGUCAAACGCCGUUUUUAUAGCAUCAAAUAACUAAUUAAAACCAAAAUUUUCCAAAAAACAAACACUUGAACAUACAUCAGUAUAAACAUCAUAAAAACUACCUAAGAUUACAGAAACCAUGGGAAAAAAGUCAUUUGAGGUGUACCUUGAAGUUUAAAGGGAUAGGGCACCCAAAAAUGAAAAUUUAGCCAUUUUCUACUCGCCCACGGGCAGGGUGUAUGACCUAUAUUGUGGUGAUCAAGAUGUUUUGGCUUCAUUUCGCGGGAACUGUCACAUUGUCCAUCUUUUUUUAUACAGUCUGUGAUUUAAAUAUGUUUUCAUUUAUCACGCAAAAAAUAGUUGUUGGAUCCAGAUUGUGAAAUGUGAGAAUUUGCUGCUUCUCUUUGAUUUACUUGAUUGUAAAUUUAAUAUCUUUCGACUUUUGUUUCAGAUAAAAUGUUUUGAAGGCCACACCUACAGCUCUUAGAAAUUUCGAACAACAUUUUAAGAUAAAAUAAGUCUUGGAACCCAUUGGCUAUUGUCUGACGAUGACAAAGCCUCUGGAAGUGAUGGCCAGUAUUUCGGGCUGAUUCGUAGUAGCCAGCGGAUAUUGGGGCUAACAUUUCUUCCUUAGUGCUCUAGUCGUUUCGGCUAAUCUCUAAAAAACAAAUAUCUGCAUAUGAACGCUGCCAAUUUUUUGAAAAAGCUAACAUUAACCUAACUCGUUGUUAAAUGAUAGCCGAUGGGUUCCAAGAUAGCAUUUUGGCCAAUGCGUUCUGCCUCUCCAUAAGGACUGUUUACCUUUUGUUAAAACAUGAUUGGUCAAUACUACUCGGACUACAAACAGAGUACAACUGAAACCAGAACACUUCCGACACUAGACUAUUUUUCCAUCACCUGCAGAUUCUGCAUGCAUAUGCAGACAUCUGUUUAAAGAGAUUAGGAUAUGGUAAACCUCUAUUAAUCACCAAAGGGGAAAUCCAGCUUUUGCAGUGGCACAAAGACAGCAAUAGUACAUAUAGAUUAAGUAAAAGAAUGACUAAAUAGAGAUAUAUAAACCUAAACAAGCAGAAAACAUUUGGAGCAAGAAAUUGCAAGUUCAAGUGACUUGUGUGUGUGUGUGUGUGUGUGUGUGUGUGUGUGUGUGUGUGUGUGUGUGUGUGUGUGUGUGUGUGUGUGUGUG